UUCCUCCUCCAACCUCGGCUCCCCCCCGCCCCCGGGCCCGGGGACCUUUCUUUAAGUCUUUUCGGGUCUCUCAGAAGAGACACGCAGGUGCUCGGAGACGCUGCUGGAGAAAGAGAAAAGCGCUACCGGAGUAACUGUGCGUGAGCGCCCCCGGGGGGGGCCCGGCGGGAACACUCUCUCAGGCUGGCUGGAGCGCGGGGAGGGGCCCGGCGGGGCUGUGACUUCUCACGGGGUGUGUGACCCGCUCGGGUGCCAGUUGGAGAGGCUCCUUCACUUUGGCGAUUGCUCCACAGCCAUGUCCGAGAUCUGGGUUCUCUGGCCACUGAUAUUUACCUCCAUUGCUGGACCAUUGUCUAAAGGUGAUAAUUCCCAUGUGGCUGAUAGCAACUCUGAGAUGCUGAAAUUGAGUAAGAAUAUUACUAAAAGGGAGAGCUGCGGUGAAGGCCUGUAUCGUGAGCACGAAUUUUGUUGUCAGCCGUGUCCUCCUGGCAAACGGAAAAGUGAUGAUUGCAAAAUUGAUGGAGGUGAACCAGAAUGUGUACUCUGUGCAGAGGGGGUGGAGUACACAGACAAGAACCAUCAUUCUUUUAACUGCAGAAGAUGUAGAGUUUGUGAUGGAGAACAUGGCCUAGAAGUGGAAAAAAACUGUACCCGGACCCAGAAUACCAAGUGCAGAUGUAAACCAAACUUUUUUUGUAACGUAUCUCUGUGCGAACACUGUAACCCUUGUACCACGUGUGAACAUGGAAUCAUUGAGAAAUGCACACCAACCAGCAACACCAAAUGCAGAGAAGUGUUCCAAUCUACAGGAUCCAGAUCUAACUUAUACAGUUUAUGGGCCCUCCUGAUCAUUCCAAUACCUGCAGUAAUAUACUUGGUGGUGAAAAGAUGGCGCAGGAAUAGAAAGAAUGGUCACCAGAAAUCUAUCGCCUCAAAUACUGAAAUGAUGCCACUGAAUUUCACAGACAUUGACUUGGGAAAACAUAUCAUUAGUAUUGCUGAACAAAUGAAAAUAACUGAAGUUAAAGAAUUUGUUCGGAAGAAUGGUAUGGAGGAAACUAAAAUAGAUGAGAUCAAGCACGACAAUCCCCAAGAUACAGCUGAACAGAAAGUCCAACUGCUCCGUAAUUGGUAUCAAAGUCAUGGGAAGAAAGAUGCAUAUUGCACUUUGAUUAAAAGUCUCAGAAAAGCCAAACUUCAUGCCCUUGCAGAGAAAAUUCAAGAUAUAGUCCAGAAGGACAUUACUAGUGAACAUGAAAAUGCAGACUUGCAAAAUGAAAAUGAAAGCUUGGCUUAAAGUGAAAAACAACUAACUCAGUUCUAAGAAUAUACUAAAGAAAGAUUAAUGUUCGAAUAAGUUCUGGGUAGCUGCAAGCUAUAAAUAUUGCUUGGCUUUUUUUUUUUUUUACUGGGUGUGUUUUCUUUUUUCAUUUAUUAGAUUUGUAGAGCUAAUAUAUUUACAGGCUUUGAGCAUCUCAUGGUUCUGCCUUCAAGGAUGUUUAAAAUCUAGCUGGGAAGACGGACACAGUUAAGAGUAAAUACAGGGGCAUGUUAAGUGCGCAAAAAAGAACGUAUGCAAAGGACAAAAGAUUUCAGAUCAUGUUCGAGUAUCUAACAUAUGAUUCUGUAAGUAUGAAUGUAAUUACCAUAUGUAAAUACAAAUGCCUAUCCACAGGCUGACCUCAUUCCAUAAAUCCGUAGAUGUGAUCUUUUGUUGUCCUGUCACAAUCAACUGGCUCUAAAUGACCUCCCCAGCUCCACUGAUAAUUCUAGAGAUUUUACCAUAUUUGUAAAUUUUGUUUAGUUUUGAGAGGAGCGUACUCAGGGAAAACUUACACAUACAUCUGAAUGUAGAAUAUAAUAAAGUUCUACCUCAAAGGUCUUUGCACAGAUUAUUGGCAUUUCGUGGUGAAAUAUUUCAAUUUUGAAUUCACAUAGAAAAUGCAGACUCAGUUAUAAUGCUUGGCUAUUUUAUAUUUGUUUGUCACUUUGGAUCAAAAUAAUCCACUUCUUUCUCAGGUGUCAAAACAUUUUGAUCAGGAAAGAAUUACUAGAUCAUUGGCACCUCUCCAUUUUCUCCUUGAUGUGCGUCUUGGUGGCCUGUGCACCCCCAGACUUGGAAGGACUGCCUAAGAAACACUUAACUGAUUCAUGCAAAGCUGGGACUGCCCUUGGAAACACCUAGCUUAGUUUGGAGAGACUAACUGGUCUUACGGAAGGUAGCUUUGUGGCAUAGCACGAACCAUGUCUAUCACCAAAGCUGAUAAGUAGAGGCCAAGCACAGCCUGGAGUAGUAGGUCAAGACGCAGUCUGGAAUCAGGCAAAUCCAAGUUCAAUUUCUGGCUCUGCCACAAACUAACUUACAGCCUUGAAUUGAACAUCUCCAAGUUUCUGUUUCCUCAUUUAGAAGAUGAAAGACACAUCUGGCUUACCCUUCUUGUGACUUGGAGAGGAACAAGAAGAAAAUACAUGGGCAAGUGUAAUAAAUUAUAAUGUACUAUGGAACGAGUUGUUAACUAUUAAUGUGCAUAAGAAUCACCUGAGGAAAUUUUGAAACUGCAUAUUUCCCAGGUCUUGCUCCCAGAGAUGUUCCGUAGAUCCAGGGCCGUGCCUGGGAAUGUGCAUAUUACCAAGCACCCUUGAUAAUCAUCAUGCUGAAGGCCCUUGGACCGUAAUUUAAGAAACCGCAUUAUACAAAUACAUACGAGUAGAAAGAGAGAUUAAGGCACAGAAGUUAUUCUUAACUCCCUUUGUAAUGGCACGUAUUAUUUUCUAUUUUGAAUAAAAUUUUAUGAAAUCCCCUCUCCUCAUAGAUUAAUCAAAGCAGAAAUAUGCAUUUUGUUCAUCCUUUCAUGUUCACAGCAAGUAUUUGGAAAUAUUUAUUGUGUGAUAAUCAGAUCUAGGACAGUCUGUAGAGCAUCCCUAAAAGUUUUACCCCAUUUAUGGGUAUAUUUGGGUAACAGGACUUGACAGACUCAACAGAAUUGUCUUAGCUUUGCUUUUGGACUCCCAUGGGCUUAUCUUUGCUUCCAAAUAACUGACCCAGUGCCUUCUGGUAAUGGCUGGAUCAUGGGCUUCACCCUGCCGAGAGAAGCAGAUGUGCAGGAAGUUUAGCAAUGAAGUUUCAGGAAUCUCCUGGAGUGCUCUAUCACUAUGACUAUCACAGACCACCAGGAGUUUUUGACCAGUACUGGCAGCAUUUUCACAAUUUCUACGCAAAGCCUCGGCCCCCCUACUCUUCCAAGGAUACUCCUCCAGUGGGCUGUUGCCCCAGCAGAGAAGGUCCCACUCAAAGGAUGAACAGAGCAGGAGAGCUAUGCAGUCUGGCCCCUUGGGUGCGGGGCUAGGGUGGGAUAGCUCAGACAUGACAACCCCAGCACCUGGACGUGGGUGUUUCUAGUUUCACCUUAGGCAACAGGAGAUAGCGAAGUUUUCCGAAAGGGCUAUAGAAUUUUGCUUCACUUGGACCUUGUUCAGACUUCACACUGCUACAGAAAGGAACGUGCUUAAACAGAACUACAGAAUUUUUAGUCUUCUAGAAAAUCCUUGUUGAGCAACUGUUUUUGAGCCAGCACCAUUUUAAGGCUUUCACUAAAAUGUUAAUAAAAUAUCCAGAGACUCUGGAGCUGAGAUUCUAACAACAGGAGACACACAAUUAACAAUAAGUGGACUUGGUUGUACUUGGUCUUUGUAAGGACCAUUUGUUGAAUUGGUGGAACCCUGAAUCAGUAAAUGAGGGGGGAUCUCAACGCAGCACUUUCCACACCCCAUCCCGCCAAGUCCUUGUGCAGAGUACACUCUGCCCUUGGGCAUUUUCUUCACUCUGCCAGCUGUUCUAGGGAUUGACCUAUGCCUCACACCUUAGUCAUCUUUUCACUGAGACAGGACUUCUUAAGAACACAGCAUUUGGAAAGUCCCUUUCUUCACCCCUCCCUUUUUGUUUUUAAUUGAGAUGAAAUUCACAUAAGAUUACCCACUUGAAAGUGUACAGUUCAAUGGCAUCUAGUAUAUUUGCAGUGUUGUGCAAGCACCCCCUCUAUCUAGUUCCAAAACAGUUUCAUCACUCCCAAAGAAAACCCUGUAUCCCUUAAGGGGUCACUUCUCCCCGUCUUCUCCCUCCAGCCCCUGGAAACCACCAAUCUGAUUUCUGUCUCUAAGGAUUUAACUUUUCUGGACAUUUCAUAUAAAUGGAAACAUAUAAUGUGUGGUCUUUUAUGUCCAGCUUUUUCGUGAAGCAGUAUUUCCAAAAACAUUCAAGUGAAGCUGCAUAUUUUAAUUCUGCACAGUCAGAAAAGGAAGUGUAAUGCCAGCUAGUUCUUAUCUGAUAGUAACAAUCAAAGGCUUUUCUGAUUUCUUCAGCUUCAGAAGGUGACAUAUACAAUGAUUGUCAGACUUCUAUUUUCUAGGGCGAGUUUUCUUUGGGUAAAGAUCUAGAAUAACACCUGAAACUAACACAACAUUGUAAAUCAACUAUACUCCAGUAAAAAAUUUUUUUUAAAAAUCCGGAAUAAGGUGACAAUGGUAAUAGCUUUGAUAGAUCAUUUCAUAGCCUUACCUCAAUUUCUGCCCUUACUGUCAAUAAGAGCAAAUGUUUCAGUAGGGAAGUUCAGUGAAAUGUUUUCCUGCAGGGAGUGAGGAUGGAGGGUCUCAGAUGUGGAGAGCUUCGAGGUAGUCUUACUCUUCUAUUUAUGGAGAAAUAUCAAUGGGCCCCUCAAGAAUCCUUUUCAGUUUUAACUCCAUCAAUGCAUAUUAUUCCCAGACUUUGAGGUAGGUAUUAUUACACCCAUUUUAAGGAUGAAGAAACUGAGGCUUUAAGAAGAUAAAGCUUUGUACAACUUUAUACAUCUUUCUGCUGACAACUGAGACUGAGUUUUUAUACUCUAGAGAAAGUUCUAAAAUAAUGAGCAGUGUCAUUUCCUGGAACUCUUAGUACCCUCACCAGAAGCCUAAUGAAAUUUCAUUGAAAACCAACAUGGGUCUGACAUAAGAUUUAGAGUUAGAUGAGAGGGUGCCUGCCCCCACCUAGAGAAGGCUCUCAGUGACACUCAGUAAAGAUGACCAGACCAGGCUCAAUUCAGCCAGGUAUCCUCUAUGCCUCAUACCGCUUUUCACAAACUCUGCGUGUGUGUGUGUGUGUGAGAGUGUGUGUGUAUGUGUGAAUUCCCUAUUCUGUUUCAAGUCUACCAGAGGCAGUGGUUCCUGAUGAGAGCUAAUAGUAGCAUUCUUCGUUUCCAUGUGAUGCUUUCAUGAUUGCUCCUGACAAAAUGUUUGAGAUGGCAGCUAACUGGCUUUAGAAACACACACAUACACACAGACCUUUAAUAUUACCCCUUGUUAACUCAAGAAAUAUAUAUAUUUCAGGAAUAUAUAUAUAUUCUUGAGUUUAUCUCAUGGUGGAAAUAUAUAGCAGAAAACAUCUAUACUAAUUAACUAAAUAAUUUCUUCUCUAAUGAGGGAUAGCAAGAAAAAAGUACAGGUGCUAUGAAUUGGUGUAACAGGGAAACCUAAUCUAGACUGGGAUGGGGCUAGAAGGGCUUCUCAAGGAAAUGAUGUCAGACUGUGUAUUUUUCCCUAUCUAAAUGUAUCUCUAUAUAGAUACGAACAGAUAUUCAUGAAAGAUUAAAACAUGAUUACCUCCGGGCAGUGAGCAUUGGAAUGAUGUGGGAUUAUUCUUUUGCACACACACACAUAUAUGAAACAAAAGUUAUUUUUUAAGGCAUUUCCUAUGCAGAUAAAGUACAUACACAUUUGUUGAAAGUUAGGUUUAAGCACAAUCAAAUCAAAAGCUGGUUUAAUCUCUGCUGAUUUUGUAUCUUUGACUUUGUAACUUUUACUAAAUAAGGAGCUAUUUGAUGUUCAUAGAGAAACUUAGGAAAUCUCAGAUGUUUUACGUUUCCGAGAAUUGGAUUGCAAAAUAGGUAUUACAAACUCAAAUAAUGACAGUGUCUGCUGGACCCUAACUGAAGCCAUCACACGGGGCUAAUUUUCCUGUAACACCAGGCAGUGAGCCUUCUUUGUGACGAACUCACUCAGGUCACAGCACCUUUGCUGGGUGGGUCUGUGAAGGAGGCUACUGGGCAGAGUUUCCAGUACUCGGGAGCUUGCUGUCUUGUGGGAAAGACAAGCCAAUCACAUAAAAGCACAUUCUGAGUGCACGUGGGCUGCAUUCUUUUAUUCCUGCAAAUAACCCAAAAUGUCAGGCAGGACAUAUUGACUGUGGUCAUUUAAUCUGUAUGGUAAUGAGGGCACAUGAAUCACCUUGUGGGGUAAGUUUAAAACGUAGAGGACUGUUCUCGUGUAGAUUCUAAUGCAGAGGAGCAGAGCUGACAUCUGAAUUCCUAACACGGUUCCCCAUUAGUGAAUUCCAGUGAAGACCCCCUGAGAAAUACUGACCUAGAGGACCUGUAGAUGGGCUUCAAGGAGCCUUGAAUCCUCUAAAAUUAUGUAUUAAAUGGAGGUUGCGUGUAAAUUUGUCUA